UCUCUUCCCUUUGCCUUUGGAACACACAGAACAGUCUGAUUAUUUGCAGAGACUGCUGGAUCCGUCGCUUUCCGGGUCUUCUGGUUGACCUGGAGGAGUCUCAGAAGCUGGGAGCUCAGUUCCUGAAGUAUUAUUCUGAAAGCACGGGCCAGAAAUGCAGCAGGAGCUGCUGCCUUAGGAAGGAUGUUUCCUGUAACGUGGCUGUCUUCUACCAUGAUCCUAUUCACGACAAUGUCAACUGCCUCCAUAUUCACUGCCCAACGCUGGAAAGCUGUGUAUUAGAGCCUGGAACCAGUGCCAUUUUAUACAACAUAACAGAAGGUAUAGAUCCAGAUUUGCUGGUUUUUGAACAAUCACCUCCUACAUAUCUAAAUACCCGUUCAUCUAAUACAGGGGACAGACUAAGGAUUCUAAAAGCUGCGAACAUAGGUAAACACCAAAGCACCACGAUAAACCCAAUGCCACCGUCAGUAGAGGCACCAUCAUCAAACACACAUCAAGAUUUGGUUGUAAACACAAACAAGACCAGGUCUUCCAAGGAACUAACCACAGAUUCUUGGGCAAGUUUCAUUUCCCUGAAUAAGUCCAUUACCACAGAGGUGAAUAUGGUGUCACGCAGUACUGAUCUCAUCAACAAUCCAGAUAACAAGACUGUUUCUCCUUUCUUUAUGCCGGUAGACACAAAACUUUUUCCUAGGCCUGUUCCAUCCCGACUCAACAGUAGCAAACAACUACUAAACAAAACCAAGGGGUACAACAGCAGAAACCACACAUCUGAGGAUGAAGACAUGACACCUGACGGGGCAUCUGUGACUCCAAAUAUAUGGCUGGCUCUGGUGGCCUCUGUCAUCUUUCUUUGCUGUUGUAUAAUCAUCCUGGCAUCUGGAUGCUGUAGAAAGCAGAGGCAGUAUAAACCAGGGCAGAGAAAGUCAGGACCCAGGCAAAUUAAAAAAUUUAACACUCUGGGGGCGUCUGGGUGGCUUAGUCGGUUAAGCGUCCGACUGUCCUGUUGA